GUUUUAGCCAACAAAUGAAAUCGGGAAUGGUAACGCGUGAUGAGUGGGGUGCCCGCAGCCCUACAAUGAUUGAAACGUUUCAAGGACCGGCACCAUUUGUCAUCAUCCAUCAUUCAUAUCAGCCGGAAGCCUGCUUUACAAAUAAGGAUUGUCGCAAGGCGAUGCGUGUGAUGCAGGAUUACCAUCAGCUGACCCAUGGAUGGAACGACAUUGGCUAUAGUUUUGCCGUUGGUGGUGAUGGUAUGAUUUAUAUGGGACGCGGAUUUAAUGUGGUUGGAGCCCAUGCGCCCAAAUACAAUGACAAGAGUGUGGGCAUUUGUCUCAUUGGCGAUUGGAGAACUGAACUACCCCCACCCCAAAUGUUGAAGGCAGCCAAGGAUUUGAUAGCCUUUGGUGUGGCCAAGGGCUACAUUCACCCUGAUUUCAAGCUGAUGGGUCAUCGUCAGGUGCGAGACACCGAGUGUCCCGGUGGCCGCCUCUUCAAUGAAAUAUCCACAUGGGAUCAUUUCUCACCCGGCAACACCACCGAAAAUGAAAUCAAAUAAAUCUACCUUUUUAGUUACAAAUUUAAGUAGAACAAGCCAAAUAAUUCUAUUAGUAAAAUAGUUUUUUUUUUA